UGGUUCGAAAGUAUCAACCUUGCAUUCUUGUAAUUUAUGCCUUAGUGUACAUAGAUCGUAAGAGUUACAUGUUAAUAGGUUUGAAUUUUGAAUUUUGUACACUGCUCUAUUGCUACAUUAUCCUAUUAUUACCCAUCCUUAUUACAAAGUACGAUACGGUGGAUAGGUACCGUAUCUUAUAAACACAGUACACGUAUUAGUUUAUAGCAGUUUUACUGCGAUAGUCUAAGUUGAUUAGUAGAACGUAUGGGUCAUUUUCAUUUUACCAAGCUAAUGUAACAAGUAAAAUCAUUAUUCUCACGUAGAUAUUUGUAUAAUUGGAUCGAUUGUGCCUUAAAGCUUGUAGCACAGUAUUUCUAUUCUUUACUGUGUGCUUGUAGGUACCUAUGUCGAUAUUGUACUGUUGGUAGAAUAGAUAAACAGAUGUUGACUAGUGUCAAAGUACAGGUGUCUCGCUAUCAAGAUUGCGAAGAAAAUACCAGAAUGUUGCGUGGGAUUAGUAGAUUUUUUGGUCAUAAGGGAUUUAUCUUGGAGCCAUAUGUGACUUCCAUGCAAUUAUCUUGUAAUUACACUUCUGCCAAAACAAAUAGAAAUGUACAAAAACUACCAUCAUUACCAGUACCAAAACUUGCUGACACAUUGAAGAAGUAUUUACUUACCGUAAGGCCCUUUUUAAGUGAUGAGGAGUAUGCAAGAACUACAGCUCUUGUAAGAGACUUCGAGAAAGGGACAGGACAGCAGUUACAGGUUUUGUUAGAGAAGAGGGCACAGGAACAUCUGAAUUGGCUUGAAGAUUGGUGGCUGAAUACUGCUUACCUAGAAUACCGCGACCCCGUUGUUGUGUAUUCCAGCCCUGGACUUGUUUUCCCGUUUAGAAAGUUUCAAACUCAAAAUGACCAAUUGGUGUAUGCUGCUAAGACUUUGUUGGCUGCUUUAAGUUACAAGAGCUUAAUAGAUAAUGACAAAAUACCUGUUGAGAUGAUGGGUAAGAAUCCUCUGGAUAUGGCCCAAUAUAAAAAAGUAUUUGGAACCUGCAGAAUUCCACAUGCAAAACGAGACAAGUUAUCUUUUAAUAACAGUAAGCAUGUCACCAUCAUUCAUAACAACCAUAUUUUCCACGUCGAUCUCUGGGGUGACGAUGGAGUAAUGCUGAAUGAAGAACAGAUAGUUCAGCAAUUAAAAAAAGUAAUUGAACUAUCGAGUGUUCCUAAUAAUCAGGGUAUAGGUAUUCUUACAUCUGAAAAUCGUGACACAUGGGCGAAGGCUUAUGAUCUUCUAGCUAAAGACAAAACAAAUAGUGAAUCUUUAGCAGAUGUUGAGAGAAGUAUUGUUGUUAUGUGUUUGGAUGGAGCUGUCGACCUUUGGAAGUAUGAAGAUGCGAACGCCCGUCGAAACUUGGCAGGAGCACAGACCAUACAUGGUGGAGGGUCACAAAGUAACGGUGGCAACCGUUGGUUUGACAAGACUAUACAAUUCAUUGUGGGUGCGGAUGGUGUAACAGGUCUUACAUACGAACAUUCUCCUGCAGAAGGCCAACCAAUCGCUAUUUUAACAGAUUUCAUUAUUAAAUAUAUUGAAGAAAAUAAAGCUCCCGAAGGAUCGUCGAAAAGUCCUAAACAACCAAAAUUAUUGAAAUUCAACGUAAGCUCAGAAGUUAAUAACAUGAUAGAAGACGCCAAGAAGAAUUUAGACAAAUUAGUCCAAAAUCUUCAAUUGAAUUGCUUCCAGUAUGACAAAUAUGGGAAAAAUUUUAUCAAGUCGCAGAAGUUAAGUCCAGAUAGCUAUAUACAGAUGGCCAUGCAGCUCGCCUUCUAUAGGUUACACAACGUACCUGGAGCCCAUUACGAGUCUGCAGCUACAAGAAUGUAUGUUGGCGGACGCACAGAAACAAUACGAUCGUGCUCAAUUGAAUCAAUAGAAUUUGCAAAAACAAUGUUAAAUUCACAAAGUAGUCCAAAAGACAAAAUAUCUGCAUUGAAGAGCGCUAUAAAUUCUCAUAAAAACUAUACAGUUCAGGCACUACAAGGAUUAGGUGUUGAUAGACAUUUACUUGGUUUAAAAUUAAGUGCUAUCGAAAAUGGCAUUGAAAUACCAAAAUUAUAUUCUGAUGCUGGAUUUACAAGAAGUGCACAUAUGAGGAUUUCUACUAGUCAGGUUGCUUGUAAGUGUGAUGGAUUUAUGUGUUACGGGCCAUUAGUGGCUGAUGGAUAUGCAACCUGUUACAACCCUAGAGACAAUGAUAUAAACUUCGCUACUGCCGCAUUUGUCGAACAUCCGGACACCGAUUGUAAUAAAUACAGGAAUGCUUUGGAACAAACUCUCCAAGAAAUGCAUGAUGUUCUCUUGAAGAAUGUUCCUUCCAAACUGUAGACUAGGACAUGACCUACUCUAGGCAGUAGCCCAGUUAUACUAAUACUCAAUAUACUUAUGUAACUCAAUAUUUACAAGGUGAAGGAAUAUUAUUGUAUUAUUUAUAUUUUAUUAUCCAUCUAUAAAGGUCGGUAUUGUUUCUUUGGUGAAAAAUUAAUUAUACUUAUUUAACCAUUUACAUAAAGUUACAAAACUUUAACCGCCGAACUGAUCGACCAAUAAUCGGAUUAUAUAAUGUCUAUUAGUUUCAUAAAAUAAAAACUUGAACAGGUGGUGGAGAUAACAUAUAAUUAUAAGUGAACAUUAAAAAAUAUAUACCUAAUUGUAGGUAGUAAUGUAAGGCCGAUUGUAACGAUUUAUACAAUAAAGUUUUAUAUGUUUAUACUUUA